AUGUCGUCUGAAGCUCGUAUGUUUAGCAUUUCUGAUACAAUCAUCAAGGAAAUUGAUCGAUUCCGCUUGAGACUCAAGAAAUCUCUUUUGUUUGCCUACAUUUUCAAAAUAGAUAAAAGCACCAAAGAAGUAGUCCCAGAUGGAGAAAUUAUGCAAAUAGAAAGUGUCGAAGAAAUUGCAGACGAAUUGUCUGAAACUCAACCUCGUUACAUUCUGGUCUCUUAUCCUACGAAAACGACUGAUGGCCGUUUGAGUACACCGCUUUUUAUGGUUUACUGGAGGCCAACUAGUUCACCUCAUGAUCUAUCUAUGAUUUAUGCAUCAGCCAAGGUCUGGUUUCAGGAUCAAGCUCAAGUACACAAAGUCUUGGAAGUACGAGAAAUUGAAGAUAUUACGACGGAUGCAGUAGAAGAGUUCCUUCAUUAA